AUGAGAGACGCAUCUUUGAACACUUCUGUUAUCGCUGGGCUAAAGGGAGAUGCUGAACACAUUAGCCCGACGGCGCAAGAAUGUGGUCGUCGUAAUGCAGAACAAUUGGCACCAAUCACCGAUAUUUGUGUCAUCUUUCCAACACUCGGGGAAACGGUCCCAGAAGGAUUUGAGAUAAUUGAAACGACACCGUUGGCAUAUCCAGCUGACUUGAAUCAUGGUUCUUUUUCGAGCGACAUCGUGUUUCAUAUGCUUCCGCCGAGGAUACCACAAGCCACCACUUUAUUGACAUUGGAGUACUUGAUCAAGGGAAAGGUGAAAAGCCAAUGGUUGAUUCGGCUACGGGUUCCUACAACACCCUUUGGAAGAUCUGCAAACGUUAACAACUCAGCAAAUGGUGUUUUCCUGACAUAUCGCCGUGCUUCACCAAACAGUGCUCCAAAAAGGGGAGAGAUUCCGCCACAUACCUACUACAAAAUACCAAAGAAUUUAAACAAGGGAAUCAUUGGUUCUGAAAUCUACAUCUGCUACAAGAAGUCUCUUGGAACGGCAAAGCGACUUGCAUACAAACCAGCUAUUCUUGAUUACUUUCCCAAGAAUGACGGCGAAAACCUGGAAGAUCUUAAGCUAAUGCUGGCCAAACAAAUGUCAAACACC